ACUGGUAGCACCGGAGCUUUAUUCCGUCUCAAUCGUUCGAUUGGAUCGGACGUAUUCUAGUUCAUUCUCCGUUUUUUCUGUGGUGAUUCAUAUUCAGUGGAAGGUUUAACUUGAAGCUUGGUCUGGUCUGAAAAAAUUGAAAGUCGAAACCGACACCGUACGCCAUCUUCGUUAGAACGCCGCCGCCCUUUCUGCAUCGACGAAGUUCGCUCGUAUUCGACGUAAUCGCAAUCGACGUUAUCAACGUUUAUCAACGCAUCGUCGACAUCUACGCAAGGCACGCACACUCGUCGAUUGAACGGUUUGAACAGUAAAAAUGAGCGAAGAGAAGGGCACUAGAGUCUACGUCGGCAACCUCACCGAUAAAGUGAAGAAGGAAGAUCUCGAAGGAGAAUUCACCAAAUACGGUAAAUUGAACUCUGUAUGGGUUGCUUUCAAUCCCCCAGGUUUUGCUUUCAUUGAGUUCGAAAACAAAGAGGAAGCAGAGUCGGCAUGCGACAACCUGAACGGCCAGGAUAUCCUUGGUUCCAAGCUUCGCGUUGAGAUCUCCAAGGGUCGCCGUAAUCCACGUGGGGGCCCACGAGGAUUCCGUGGUCCACCAGGACGAUCCGGCAGCAGCGGUGGUUUCCGUUCCAGCUCUCGUGGUGGUUUCCGCGACGGAGGUGGCUACCGUAAUGGUGGCAGCAGUGGUGGUUUCCGUGGUGCAAGCCGUAGCGGAAGCCGCUUCGAUAGCUACGGAAGCAGCCGCUCCAGCGGUGGAUCUGGUGGCUACAGCCGUGAUUCUGGUCGUGAUAGCUACAGCAGUGGCUUCGGAAGCGGCUACGGGGGUGGUCGAAGCAGUGGCGGCGGCGGACGGUUCCGAUCAAGAUCACCAGUUGGCGCUCGCGGUAGAUAUUAAGUGAAUAGCAUUUAAGCUGAUUGAGCUACUGUCCCUUGUUCUAUGCGGCGUAAUAUUUCUCACACAAGAAAUACAACGCCAUAUACAACUUUAACCACGGGUGCAGUUGUCCAUGCACGGUCUUAUUUAUUGUACUGGCAAUAAUUUAAUGUUUUCACUCACUCUAUGGCGAUAGAGAAAAUUUAUUUGGCACUUGCAAAUUUCUCACAUAGAAAGCUGUAGACGAAUUAGACCUUACCGAUUUAUGAUCCAAAUAGCUCAUAGAAUAAUUGUUUAGACAACACAACCUAUGUCAUUUUUGAAACAACAAAAAAUAUUUUGAGAUUCGCCAAAAAUGUAAAACUAUUUUGUACUGUUUUAUAUGUGUUUUAAUAUAUAAAAUAGGAAAGGCAAUCUUUAACAAUGCUUCAACGAUGUUGUGUCUCUGUGACUGAAAUCGUUGGCACUAAAAUGAAUUCAUUACAUUUAUGUUAAACUGAAACGUGUAUGAAUCGGCAAAUAAAUCAAAUGACUCACACAAAUGAAAAACUAUUACAAAAAAAAAGGAAAAAGUGAAACGACGCCAAAUUUACUUCAUUCGAAAUUCAAGUCCAAGUGAAUACGUGAUGCAAUAUCUUCGAAAGGAAAGAAGCUUUGGUAUGCUAUUUUCAUGAUUACCAGCAAAUAUAAAGGAAAAACAUGGUAAUGAUCUCGUCGUAGUACUGGGCAGACACACACACAAAGCACGGUGAAAUUCUGACUUGAAUCACCAUACCAAAAACCUUUCCUGACACAUGAAAUCGAAAACAUUUUAUCUGAAAUAUUUUAUUUGAAUAGAUCAAAAAUAAAUCUAUAUAACACUUGAA